UCUUUCUGUUUACCAUAAAGAGAAUGUGCUUUUUUUAACAAGACCGGUUAAUGGUCAAUGAUCUUAAUCAUGAUUAGUCUCCUUCUUAACUAUCGACCAAUAUCCAUUAAUAACAUCAUCAAAAAUCUUCAAUUGAUCAACAUUAAAAAUCAACAACAAUCAACGUCAUUUAAUAGUAAAAUCAUCAACCUCUUCUUGUUGUUUUCCAAUUAUGAGUCUGUGAUUGUUUACCUUUUUUUUGUUCAUUUUUCUCUCUCAAUUAAAUUGUCUUAAUUGUCGUCUUUCUUCAUUAAUCUAUUACUUGGUGACCCCAAUAAUAUCCAGAAUCCAAGAUGUUUACAAUCCAUCAAUUGAAACGUUUACUCUCAGGAAUCAAUAGAAUGUCUGAAACACUCAUGGUAGAAUCAAAAUCUCCCGUUACCUCAGUCGCAUCUAAAGCGAUCGCAGUGGAUCAAGAGGAAGCUUUAAUGAACGAAAUUUGUAUUACCGUCAAUGAGAAUGACCUUGCAAUCGGAUCUCGUACCAAAAGGGAUUGCCAUCUAAUGGAUAAUAUUGAUAAAGGAUUAUUACAUCGAGCCUUUAGUGUGUUGCUUUUCAACAAAAAGGGUCAAUUCUUGUUGACCCAAAGAGCUUCAACCAAAGUCACUUUUCCCAAUUAUUAUACGAAUGCUUGUUGUUCACAUCCAUUGUUUACACCCUUGGAGAGAGAGGAAAAGGAUUGCCUCGGGGUUCGUCGAGCAGCUCAACGUAAAUUAUUUCAAGAGCUUGGAAUUGACCCAACAACCAUUACCCUGAAUGAUAUUCAUUAUAUCACCCGAAUACUUUAUAAAUCACCUUCACCCAAUGAACCAAUUUGGGGUGAACAUGAAUUGGAUUAUAUUUUAAUUAUCCACAAAGAUGUUGAUAUAAAUCCUAAUCCAAAUGAAGUGAGAGAAGCCGUUUUCUUGGAUAAAGAUGAUUUAAGUCCUUAUCUUGAACGAAAAAAGAAAGAGGGUUGGCCAAUAUCCCCUUGGUUCCAGUUAAUCCAUGAUCGUUUUCUUUACAAUUAUUGGGAUAAUCUGUCAAAUUUGGACAAAUUUAAAGAUCACAAGACGAUUCACAAUUUCAUUUGAUUGCGUUCUCAGUUUUCACCAUGAUUAGAUUAAUUUGUUGUUUCUAUUACCCUGAAUUUCAAUUGAUGCCGAGCACGGACAAAGCUCAAACCUAACAACUCCAACUGUUAAUCUAAUCCAACACAAUCAACCAAUUUAAAUCAAAAUUUUUCUACUUAUAAACUUAAAUAUAAGUGAAUUUAUAUAUUAAUAUAUAAAUAGUUAAUUAGUAAACGCUAUCGGCCUUUUACCAAUUGAUUAUAAUCAUUAACUUAAAUUAAUCAGAAAUCAUGAUUAAUGAGAGUAGUGAAAUUAAAUUCUAGUUUAUUCAAAUUAUAUGAAAAAAA